AUGUUGAAAAUCUGGUCUAUGAAGCAACAGCAGCAGCAGGCUGAGAAUGCCGAGGGUGCUGCCGGCAAGAAGAAGAAGAAGGUCACCGCCGCGCAGUUGCGGGUGCAAAAAGACCUUACGGAAAUCACCCUCGGAAACACAAUGAAAAUGGACUUUCCCAAUCCCGACGACAUCCUCAACUUCACCUUGAGCAUCGAACCUGAUGAGGGCAUGUACAAGGGCGGUAUCUUCAACUUUACCUUUAACGUCAACCAGAACUUCCCCCAUGACCCGCCAAAGGUCAAGUGCACACAAAAGAUCUAUCAUCCCAAUAUCGAUUUGGAGGGUAACGUCUGCUUGAACAUUCUACGAGAGGACUGGAAGCCCGUUUUGAACCUCAACGCCGUUAUUGUGGGCAUGCAGUUCCUUUUCCUCGAGCCUAACGCCUCUGAUCCCCUCAACAAGGAAGCCGCGGAAGAUCUCCGCACCACCCGCGAACAUUUCAAGAAGAACGGUGAUGCGGUGAAUCAGGACCUGAAGCUUGCAGACUGA